UGUAAGCAUCGUAACUACCUUGGUUACAAUGUUUUCCUUCGAAUGUGUUUUUUUAGAUGAAUGUUUUGAUUGUUUUGUUUCUAUUAAUAACAAUUGAUGUGAUUGAUUAUCUUGGUAUCAAACAAUUUCAUGGAAAAGGUUAUUCGAAGAAGCUUCUCAUCUAAUUCGAGUGACCCAAUCAACGUCAGGAGAAAUGAGGUUUUCAUUCAAAUGAUUUCCGAAUCUUUCCGGAAAAAAUUAUUUGGCGAUAAAUUAAAUUGUCACAUUGAUGGCAAAACUCUUGACAAAAUCAAAUCAAGUCUUGCUUCCCAUGGCUUAUGGAAACGACCAAAGAAAAAGAAAAAUAACAAGCAAGAUGAAGAUGGUCCCAUGUAUCCUUCUGAGCCCUUGCCGCCUAUCGAGUUUAAAUUACCUAAAAUUGUUGGAAAAAAUAUCGAAGAGCAUUUCCAUAAUAUUGGUGAAAAAUAUUCCAAACCAUAUAAACUGUUAGCUGAUGAAAUAGCGACCAAUCCUUUACCCAAGACACCAGAUGAAUGGAGUUUCACUCCUGGCUGGACUAAAUAUAAAAAGGACAAGUUUGGUAGGAUGACUGUUUCUCAGGUCGAUUUUCCUGAUGAUCGAGCUCUUAUAUUUGAUGUUGAAGUUUGCAUGAAUGAUGGAUCAGGUAAACAACCAACUAUGGCUACGUGUGCAUCACCUGAUGCUUGGUACUCUUGGUGUAGUCCAAGGUUAAUAAACAUAAACUAUGAAUUGGAUGUUUUAUCUACCAAAUUCCAAUCAGAUCAGCAAAGAUUGAAUAUAAAUGAUAUGAUACCAAUGGGUAGUUUCCCAAACAAUGAGCGUUUAAUUGUUGGCCACAACGUUUCUUUUGACAGAUCUUUCAUUAAAGAUCAAAAUCUAAUUGAUUGUGAUAAAACUCGAUUUCUGGACACGAUGAGUCUUCAUAUCAGCUUAUCUGGACUUACAGGAUACCAAAGAGCCCUUUCAUUUUCUUAUAAAGUGGGUAAGAAAAAUGGAAUGCACGAUUUAGCCUUAAAAACAAAAUUUGAAAAUGCUGGACAUCCUGAUCCUGGUGGUUGGCAAGAACUUGGUUCUCUGAAUAGUUUGAAAGACGUUUAUGCUUUUCACUGUAAAAAAGAAAUGAGCAAAGAAGAAAGAGACUUGUUUGUAAAAGGUUCUCUUGCCGAUAUACGUGACAAUGCACAGCAAUUAUUCACUUAUUGUGCUAACGAUGUUCAUGCAACUCAUGAAGUGUUUCAACAAAUCUGGAAACAAUAUUUGAAUAGAUUUCCACAUCCUGUUACUUUAGCUGGAAUGUUGGAAAUGUCCGUUAUGUAUUUACCUGUUAACAUUCAAAACUGGGAAAGAUAUUUAGAGGAAGCACAAACUGCCUAUGAUGAUCUGGAAAGAGAAGUUCACUUAUGUUUACAGUCUCUUGCUAAUCAAUCCUGUUCUUUGCUGAAAAAUAAAGCUUACAUGAAAGAUGUUUGGCUCUGGGACUUGGAUUGGUCCACACAAGAGUUACGAUUUAAGAAGGAAAAAGUCAAAAAGCCUAGCAAAAAAUCUUCAAAGGUUAACAAGUGUGAAGAAAGUUCAGAAGAAGAUGAUGUUGUUAAACAAGUAUUAUCAACAGAAAACAAAAUUUCAAAAGUUCAACCUUUACUUCCUGGCUAUCCAGCUUGGUACCGUGAUUUAUGUGAUCAGCCAUUCGGUGGCUCUAAACUUCGGAGUGAUGAAAAGCUAAUCAAUUGGCAGCCUGGACCUUCAUUAAUUAGCACCUCUAUGAGAGCUGCUCCUAAACUACUGCGAAUGCUUUGGAGAGGCUACCCCCUUCAUUAUGAUGAAACCCAUAAAUGGGGCUAUCUUGUGCCUGAUUCAAACUCAUCAACACCUCAUGGGAGCUUUCCUUUUAGCGAAUAUUUGAAAAUUAUCAGUAGCACAAAAAUUUCAAAGAGUAAUACAGACUCUUUGAAAACAGAAGACCCUGAUUGGAUGGAUCAAGAGUUAUUUGAGGAAAAUAUCAGUUUAGAGGAAGAUGACAAUGAUAGAUCAGCUAUAAAAAUGUUUGGUUGUAAAUUUUUUCGACUUCCACACAAGAGUGGCCCUGAUAAUAAAGUGGGAAAUCCUUUAGGAAAGGAAUUUCUUAGAUAUCUUGAUGAUGGAACUUUAUCAACAUUCUUGAAGAAAACUCAAGCCCAAUCAUUUCUUCAGAUCAGUAAAACUCUAUCUUACUGGAAAAAUUCAAACAAACGAAUUUAUUCCCAAUUGGUGGUUCCAAUCGAUUCUUCUGGUUCAACUGGAGCUUUGCUUCCUCGUGUCAUUGUCGCUGGAACCAUCACAAGACGAGCCGUUGAGCCAACCUGGCUCACUGCCAGUAACGCUGUUAAAGAUCGUUUGGGAAGUGAGUUGAAGGCAAUGAUUCAAGUACCUAAAGGAUAUAAACUUGUUGGCGCCGAUGUUGAUUCCCAAGAGUUAUGGAUAGCAUCUCUUAUUGGUGACAGUCAUUUUGCUCGAAUCCACGGAUCCACACCAAUUGGCUGGAUGACUCUUCAAGGAAGUAAAGCACAAAAGACUGAUAUGCACAGUAAAGUUGCCGAAAUGGUUGGAAUUAAUCGUGAUCAGGCCAAAGUUCUCAACUACGGUAGAAUCUAUGGCGCUGGUAAAGCUUUUGCUGCACGAUUUUUGAAACAAUCUAAUGAAGAUCUCGCUGUUGAUGAAGCCAGAAAUAAAGCAGUAAAAAUUUAUAAGCAAACCAAAGGAACGCGAGUUAAUGUCACUGAUUUAGAAAAAAAGUUCGUAAGAAAGGAAUGGCAAGGUGGAAGUGAAUCUCAAAUGUUCAACAAACUUGAACAAAUUGCUUUAUCUCCUGAACCUUGUACACCAGUUUUGGAUUGUAAAAUAAGCACUGCUUUACUCCCUAUUGAAGUCAGACAACAAUUUGUUCCCAGUGUUGUUAAUUGGGUUGUUCAAAGUUCAGCUGUUGAUUAUCUUCACUUGAUGCUAGUCAAUAUGAAAUGGCUCCUAGAAGUUUAUAAUAUUGAUGGACGCUUUUCUUUGAGCAUCCACGAUGAAGUUAGGUACAUGGUUAAAGAAUCUGAUGCUUACAAAGCCGCAUUAGCGUUACAAGUAACCAACCUUUUUACUCGUUCAAUGUUUGCCAGUAAAUUAGGAAUGUAUGAUCUACCUCAAAGUGUUGCCUUUUUCAGUUCAAUUGAUAUUGAUACUGUUUUGAGAAAGGAAGUUUAUCUCGACUGUAAAACUCCUUCCAAUCCUCAUGGACUUAAACUUGGCUAUGGAAUUGAUCAAGGUGAAAGUUUAAAUAUUUACCAACUUCUGGAAAAGCCUGAAAUUCAGCAUUUAAUUUCUCAUUCUCCAGAUAAACCAACAGGUGGAGAUGAUAGUGAAAAUGUUGAUCCAUCAAUUAUUUUCACUUUAAUUCCUAAUACAUCAGAGAAAAUAACUCAGUUAACUCAGACUUAAAUCAUGUAAUUAAGAUUGAUUGUCAAGUCAUAACUGACACUAUUUACAUUGUUUGUUACUUGUUUAUUUACAUUCUAGUUUAGUGUAUUUAUGUAUUUUUUUCAAAUGUUUUCUCUUGUUUACUGCCACAUGCAUGAUCAUGUAAAUAUGCAUUUGUUAUUUAAUUUGAUAAUUUCAUUCUCGAAUGAGACAAUUGUGGAUAAAACAUAAAAAAUAGAAAUGAUUUCAAAUGUAUAUUUUAUAUGGAAGAAAAGAUGUACAUUUUGUAAAAAGUUUCUGUAUUUUUACUAUACCCAUGAUCAUUAAAAACACAUUACAUUAAA